GCUCCCGGGUGGGGAGGGAGCACCCACCGCCUGCACCAUGAAGCCGGCUGCUGCUUGGGUGCUGCUCUGGGCGGCCCUGCUCCUGCUCUCCGGAGGAGACUGUGACUUUUGCCCAGCUGUGAACAGGGAUGUUCACACAUUCCUGAAGGGAACUGCUGAUGAGUACGUUGAAGCAGUGUCACAAUACAGAAACGACAGUGCCGUGCUGGCCAAUGCCAGGACACUGAAGAACUGCAUUGACCACAGCUUGACUGAAGAGGAUAAGAACCAUGUUCUCAGCUUCCUGGAUAGAAUAUUCUCAAGCCCUUUUUGUUAAUGGACCCAUCCUUGCCAGAAGCCCCAAGGAAGCCUGAUCAUUAAGUAGCCUCAGCGACC